UGAAUUCAUGUUAUACAUAAAAAAAGUAUAUACAUUUUCGAAGGUACUAGAAAAUUGUAGAACAUAAUCACGGGAAGACAUUACGUAUAACUAGUUUCACUAUAAUCAAGAAGUGGCGCUAGUUGUCCAUUUCUGGAGCUUUCUGAAAAUCUGCGCCGGCUCAAGAGUGUGCAUUCACGAGUCAUCACGUAUCUUUGCAAGCAUAAAAGAACGAGUUGCGAAAAAUAGAACGAAAGUAUCACUGUUCUGAAGUCAAUCGUAAUGGACCAGGUAUAUUUACUGAAACAAAAAGGUAAUUCUGCUUUAGAAGAAGGAAGAUAUGAAGAGGCUAUUAAACAUUAUACAGAAGCAAUUGGCUUAGAUGAAAAUAAUCAUGUUUUAUAUAGUAAUAGAUCUGCAGCUUUUGCUAAAGCAGGAAAAUAUAAACAAGCAUUAGAGGAUGCUGAGAAAACUGUGAAUUUAAAACCUGAUUGGGGAAAAGGAUAUUCACGUAUGGGUAGUGCACUAGCUUAUCUAGGUAAAUUGAAUGAAUCUAUUAAAGCAUAUGAAACUGGUCUACAAUAUGAUCCUGGCAAUGUCCAACUUCAAAGUGGUUUAGCUGAAGUUAAAGCUCAACUUUUAAUGGCUGCUAAUCCUUUCAAUAGACCAGAUCUUUUUGUAAAACUUGCAAAUGAUCCUAGAACUAAAAGCUUUUUGCAAGAUCCAGGAUAUUUAAAACUUUUGGAUACUCUUAGAAAUAAUCCAGAUGCGACAGCUCAAAUGUUAUCGGAUAAACGAAUACUUACUACUCUUAGUGUAUUAUUGGACAUGGAUACUGAUGUAGAAAUGCCAAUGCACAAAGAUUCUGAAUCAGAAUCUCCAAAACCUAAACAGGAACCACCUAAACCUCAGAAAAAAGAAGAAGAAGAAGAUUAUAGUACACCUCAAAAGCAAGCACAACGUGAGAAACAAUUGGGUAAUGAUGCUUAUAAACAGAAAAAAUUUGAAAUAGCUCUUGAACAUUAUAAUAAGGCAGUUGAAUUAGAUCCUACAGAAAUCAUUUACUUAUUAAACAUAGCAGCAGUAUAUUUUGAACAGAAAGAAUAUGAUAAGUGUAUUUCUCAAUGUGAAAAAGCUAUUGAAGUUGGAAGAGAAAAUAGAGCAGAUUUUAAAUUAAUAGCUAAGGCAUUUACUAGAAUUGGACAUGCAUAUAAAAAAAUGGAGAACUGGAAACAAGCAAAGGUGUAUUACGAAAAAUCUAUGUCAGAACACAGAACACCAGAAAUUAAAACUCUUCUUUCAGAUAUUGAUAAAAUUAUCAAAGAAGAAGAAAGGAAAGCAUAUAUUGAUCCAGUAAAAGCAGAAGAAGAAAAGGAACUUGGAAAUGAAAAAUACAAAGAAGGAGAUUAUCCAGCAGCAAUAAAACAUUAUUCAGAAGCUAUUAAAAGAAAUCCUGAUGAUCCAAAAUAUUAUAGUAAUAGAGCUGCUUGUUAUACUAAAUUGGCAGCAUUUGAUCUCGGAUUAAAGGAUUGUGAGAAAUGUGUAGAAAUUGAUCCAAAGUUUAUUAAAGGUUGGAUAAGAAAAGGUAAAAUAUUACAAGGAAUGCAACAACAGGGAAAAGCUCUCACUGCUUAUCAAAAAGCAUUAGAAUUAGAUCCUUCAAAUAGCGAAGCAUUAGAAGGAUAUCGUUCAUGUGCUGUUUCUGUUAGUUCUAAUCCUGAGGAAGUAAGAAAGAGAGCAAUGGCAGAUCCAGAAGUUCAAAGUAUAUUACGGGAUCCUGCUAUGAGACUUAUUUUAGAGCAAAUGCAAAGUGAUCCUAGAGCUUUACAAGACCAUCUAAAAAAUAAAGAUGUAGCAGCAAAGUUGCAAAAACUUUUGGAAUCAGGUCUAAUAGCUAUUCAUUGAAGAUGAAAAUGUCCGUAUUUGUGCAUAGCUCUGUGCAUGACAUUUUAUUGUCGCCAAGUUCCUUUGAUAUUAUGGAAACAAUGCUGUUCGUUCUAUUUUUGUGUAUUAGGAAUAUGUUAUUUAAACAAACAGGUCACCUACUGGCAUAUUCACUUUAUAUCUGUGUUCUGAAGAGCUAUUGUCAAAUAUAAGUUCCGUUGUAUACAAAUAUUUUCGCGUGAAUGCAGUGGCCUUCUGGUCAUAGACCACUUUUUCAUUGUAAAUCUUCGUACAAUAGUUAUGUAUGUUUUAAUAUGUCUUAUAGAGUUUAACUCUAUCAACUUAUUAUAUAAUUACAAGCUUUUACAUAACUUUUGCAUAAAAUAACACUUCCAAUUGUAAAUCAUCAAUAUCAAUGACAUCAAAUAUGUUAGUAUAUUUUAAAUUUGUUACAUAAACUAAGUUAAAUCAAAUUAUUAAAUCCGAUUAGCCUUGAUAAACAUUUCCAUGCGUCAAACGUGUAUUUAGAUUUAUUUUAUAUAUAAGCGAAUAUAGUUUUGGUUUAAAGCACUAAUAUUGUAAUAAUAAAACAGGAUAACAAUAGCGAUAAUUACAGUAAUUAUAAUAAUAAUAAUUGUAUGAUUUAUUUAAAAUCAAAUUCAGUUCAAUAUAAAAAUAUGAUAAACA